UUUUUUUUUUCUUUCUCCUUUAUUUUUAAAUGGUUCACCUUAAUCCUUCCUGUAAUACUCAUUCUCAUUGGCUUCAUAAUGCCCCUUAUCAACAACCAACAACAACCCCUUUACCAACCAAAGCGGAUAUAGUCAUUAUUGGUGGUGGAAUUACUGGUCUUAGCACUGCCUACUGGUUAACUAAACUUAACCCAACUCAAUCUGUCGUCGUUUUGGAAGCAAGAGGAUUAUCUAGUGGGGCGACUGGUAGAAAUGGUGGUAUCAUAUGUCCUGGUUUGAACGACAAUUUUGAUCAUAUAGUACAAAAGUAUGGUGAAAAGGAAGCAGAAAGACUGGUGGAUUUUGAUUAUAGGAACGUAGACAUGUUGGCUCAAUUUUUAGAAGAACAUGGUGAUAAGGAUAAUGGAUCUUUUGAUCCCCAAAUCACAUGGUUAAAGCAUGGAACAGUUUGUGCUUGGACAUCAGAACAAGAAGCCUAUGAAGCCCUUCCUGGUGCCAUCAAAUUAAAACAAUUACGACCUCAUGAAGAUGAUAUUGAAAUUCUCAGUCCUGAAAGAGUACAAGAAAUCACUGGACAAAAGGUAUUCAAAUAUGGUGGACUCCAAAUCAAGCAUACAGCGAUUGCAUGGGCGGCACGGAUUGUAUACUGUCUAGCAAGAGCAGUGGAAGAUAAGGUUCAUCUAGCUACAUUUACCAGUGUGCAGGAAGUACGACAACAAUCCAAGGAAUACCGUCACCAGAUCAUCACCAAUCGUGGCAUCAUUGAAGCAAAAAAAGUAGCUUAUUGUACUAAUGCAUGGACAAAGUAUUUAUUACCUACUUUUCAACGUCAUCUUGUACCAAUUCGCAAUCAAGUCGUUAGUGUGCCUGUUCCUCCUGUUUCCAAGACUGAAAAUGACGCUGCCAAAAUGGAUUAUGUACUCAGUGCCAAUCGUGGGUUCCAAUACCUGUCGUAUCGACCCUAUGAUCAAACCUUAAUUUUUGGUGGAUGUCGUAAUACUACUGCGGGUUGGAUGGUAUAUGAAGAUGAUGAUUCUACUUUGAAUCAAACAGUAUCCUGUCAUCUGCGUGGUCAACUUGAAGAUUAUGGUUUUCCUCAUUUUCCUGAACGUGAAUGGGUUGGUACCAUGGGUUUUUCUAUUCAAGAUGGUUUACCUUUUGUUGGUGAUUUGACUCGUUUGUUAGGUAAAGAAAAAGGUUCAGGUCAAUAUAUUGCUGCUGGUUUCUCUGGUCAUGGUAUGCCUCGUACUUUCCUCUGUGGUCGUGGUUUAGCUCAAUUGUUAUCUGAUCAAUCUUUAGAUAGUUAUUUCCCUGAACCCUUUUUAGUGGAUCAUUCUUCUAGACAUUAUUUAUUUGAACAAUCUUCCAAAUUAUAAUUUGUAUUUAUCAAUAAAAAGAGACUGAUUAUUAUUAUAUA